UAGUCUCGCACUCUGCCCCCUUGGACACGUAAAAUACCCCUCGUGCCGUGAAGAGAAUCGUAUGAUUCUCCCACACGCAUCUCCAUAUCAGUAUUACAAGGAAAAUAGACACCAUGACCAAGAUCCUCCUCACCGGAGCCACCGGCUACAUAGGCGGCACAGUCUUGGACGACCUGAUCAAAAGCGAAGCAACAAGCAUCAAAGACUUAACCUUCGACCUCCUUGUGCGAAGCGAUGACGCCGCCGAGAAGCUCCAGAAUGCAUAUGGGGAUCGCGUCAAGCCAAUUCGCUGGACGGGAUUCACAGAUCUCGCAUUCGUGACCGACACAGCCGCCAACUACGACAUCAUCAUCAACGCCGGCACGGGCUUUAUCCCAGAGGGCGCAAAAGCCUUCAUCCACGGGCUCGCCCGGCGAAUCAAACCAGGCGCACCAGUUCCAUGGUUCAUACACAUCUCUGGGUGCACGAAUCUCGCUGACCGCCCGUUGACGGCAACCGCCUACCCAGACAGAGAAUGGGACGACGCCAAUGGCAACGCCAUCUACGACUUUCUCAAGAGCGAGGAUGCCCGUGACCCCUACCCCCAACGAACAACCGAAGUGGGCGUGCUCACCACCGCUGAAGAAACAGGCGUACAGGCCGUGAGUCUCAACGCACCGUGCAUCUUCGGAACUGGUCGCGGGCUUUUCAACACUCAGGGUCUCGUCCAUUUAAUCGCGAUGCGCUAUACCCUCAAGCACGGGUAUGGGUAUAAGUUGAACGACACGGCUAAUUUCGAUUGGGUGCAUGUCGAGGAUCUGGCUGAUUUGUUUGUGCUCAUCGUCCGUGCUAUUCUUGAACGGGAGGACCGUGGCGUGGGGUAUAUUCCCUCCGGCAAGAAUGGGAUCAUCUUUCCUGCCGUCCAACGGGUGCUUAUGACCCAGAUUAUGCAGGAGUGUCUAGACAUUGCUUUUGAAGCGGGUGCUCUGCCUCGGGAGGAUACGCCGCAGCAAAAGGAGAUCCGGUUGGUGGGCCUUCAGGAAAUUGCGGAUGAGCUCAUGGCGGGUCUUCUGGAUGUAGCUGAGCGGGGUCUUGCUGGACAUAAGAAGAUGAAGGGGACCGUGGCCAAGAGGUUGCUCGGUUGGAAUCCGACCAGGUUGGAAGAAGCUUGGAAGCAGGAGUAUAUAGACGCACUUGAGUUGCUGCAAAGUGGGAAGGGACUGAAUACUCUAGAAACAUGCGUAGGCAAGUAAGAUGAUGACUGUUCAAGAGUAAGGUGGUCAUUUGGCAAACCGAGAUUUCGGGAUCGUUUAUUUCGAUUUUAUGGACUUUGUAACUUGAUUGAUGUAGUACUACUCUGGAUGAUCUUAAUUCGAGCAGUGUACGACCCCGGCGGGAGGCCUGAUCGAGAUAAAUAUAGAGGAAUACAUACAUGAAAGCAAUGUUAGCCUAUAGAAUCUUAGCGGGAUAUCGAACUCCCUUGGAGUUUUAGACUGUCCCGAUUGAAAGACAGUAUACUGUACAGCAGGCUAGUGUAGGUUCAGUGGCCUGCAUCGCAUCUGGUCCUCCGAGUUAAGUAAUAGACCUAUUAACCUAGGGGAAAUACGAACGCCUUUCUGCUGUAGUUACUAAGCAGUUCAUCCUUGGAUAAAAUCAUCGAAACUGACCAAGCUGAACUGACACAGCCGAACUGACAACGCCGAGAAAGGAUGAAGUGACAAAGGUUGACUAUUAGGCAGACAAACAUCUUGA